CUGUGAGGAAGUAACUAACAAAAGAGACAACCUGCAAGAGAGCGCAGAAGAACUGCUUGUAAGGAGGUAAAAGCAGUCACAUUUCACACACCCCAUACUUCCAGGUAGAGAAGACAGGAUCACAAGACAACAUGUCCAGCAAAGUAACAGAGGUGACAAAGCCGGCUGCAGAGCAGCAGACUGUGCUGGAUUCACAGCGCAAAAGACCAAUGCCCAUGGUGCAGACGCUCAAGGCGAGUCGUCCCAGGGUGCUCACAACAGCACCCACAGAUGCUGGCUAUGAGAGGGUGUCGGCUGGAGAGGUACCAGGUCAGGAAGAAAUUGACAGCAAAAAAAUACCAGAAAAUAAAGAUGGGGAUGCAGGCAUCACCGAGACCGAUGGUUGGUUUGCAAUGUCUCAAGCACUGGACCCAGCUGCCGAGUAUACCAUGAAAAACAGACGGCGAGGCUUGGCUCUGAUCUUUAACCAUGACUGGUUCUUUUGGCAGUUAACACUUCCAGAAAGAAGGGGAACCAAUACUGACAGAGAUAAUCUUCACAGAAGGUUAACUGACCUUGGUUUUGACGUGAGGAGCUAUGAUAACCUCAAAGCUGUGGAAAUUCUUGAAAAGGUCCAUGAUGCUGCAACAAGCGAUCACAGUGAUGCUGACUGCUUCCUCUGUGUGUUCUUGAGCCAUGGAGAAGAUAAUCACGUUUAUGCUUAUGAUGCUAAAAUUGAAAUUCAAAGACUGACCUCUUUAUUCAAAGGAGACAAGUGCCAGAGUUUAGUGGGAAAACCUAAGAUUUUCAUAAUCCAGGCAUGCCGAGGUGCACAACAUGAUGAACCAGUCAUGGCUACUGACAGGACUGACAGCAGAGAGGACAUUCCUGAGACAAAUAUCACUGAAGUAGAUGCAGCUUCUGUCUAUACUCUGCCUGCAGGGGCCGACUUCAUCAUGUGCUAUUCUGUUGCAGAAGGCUACUAUUCUCAUCGGGAAACUAUAAAUGGGUCCUGGUACAUCCAAGAUCUAUGUGAUGCAUUUAAGAAGUACGGAAAAGAGCUGGAAUUUACAGAACUGCUGACGCUGGUGAAUAGAAAAGUGUCUCUGCGCUCUGUUGAAAAUUGUCUCGAUCAAAACGCAAUUGGGAAAAAACAAGUCCCCUGCUUUGCCUCCAUGCUGACCAAAAAGCUUUACUUAAGACCAAAGUAAAACUAGUGAAACUUGCCUGUUUUCUAAACACAGAACUACAAUUUGGUCAUACACUGUCUCAUUUCAGAUCUAAAGCCAUUAAAGCAGUGGUUCUCAACCUUUCUAAAGCCGUGACCCCUUAAUACAGUUCCUCAUGUUGUGGUGACCCCCAACCAUUACAUUUUUUUCCUUGCUAGGUCAUAACUAAUUUUGCUACUGUUAUGAAUUG